CCAGUGCGCACAGGGCUGGAGACACGUAGUUCACGUCCGCAGCAUCUGCAAGAGGAAGAGACAGCACACGCAGUUAGAUACUCGUUCCGCGGUUGCACGAAUUACAUCGCGGGUCGCUGGAAAUUCAGUCCACUUUCUAAGACGUUUUAUUAACUAAUAGUUUACUUGCACACGUAGAAGGAGAUUUUCCACAGCUUCUCGAAACAACGCCAAGCUGUUAAUUCGACGUUUAAACAAGACGCGGACUGACCUAUUAAGUGUCCGAGCGAGGAAACGCGUUUCAUUUUGAAAGUUUACAGCGGCUAUGGGUUCCUCGUUUUUGUAUGUAAUCGGGUUGUUCUUGUUUCUGUUGGGCGCUAGUACUAUUACCUCGCAGCAGGACCCGAGUCCGGAUGCAUCUUCCCCCGGAUCUGCCGCGCACAGGUGCUUCUGUCAGGUUACAGGUCACCUGGAUGACUGCACCUGUGACGUGGAGACCAUCGACCACGUCAACAACCACAAACUCUUCCCAAAGUUACAGAGGCUCCUGCAGACGGAUUACUUCAGGUUUUACAAGGUGAAUCUUAAUAAGCCGUGUCCUUUCUGGACUGACAACAGCCACUGUGGGAUAAGACACUGUGCUGUGAAGCUGUGUGAACUGAAUGAAGUUCCUGAUGGGAUUAAAUCAGACACUUUCAAGUACUCUGAAGAAGCCCAGGCUGAGCUGGAGGAGUGUGGGAAAGCGGAGAAGCUUGGAGCUGUCAACAGCUCUCUCAGUGAGGAGACUCGUCAGGCCAUGCUGGAGUGGAGCAGACACGAUGACACAGCUGACCGCUUCUGUGAGGCUGACGAUGAGCAGUCUCCAGACUCCCAGUACGUGGACCUGCUUUUGAACCCGGAGCGAUUCACUGGAUACAAGGGGCCGGCCGCCUGGAGGAUCUGGAACAGCAUCUACGAGGAAAACUGCUUCAAGCCAGCUGCUGUCAGGAGACCCUUAAACCCUCUGGUGUCUGGCCAAGGAAAAGCUGAAGGCACGCUAUUUUACAGCUGGCUAGAAGGGUUGUGUGUUGAGAAGAGAGCCUUCUUCAGACUCCUGUCCGGGCUGCACGCCAGCAUCAAUGUUCAUCUCAGUGCCCGAUACCUGCUGGAAGAUAACUGGUCCGGGCAGCGGUGGGGUCACAAUGUCAGCGAGUUCCAGCAGCGCUUCGACGCGGUGCUCACCGAGGGGGAGGGGCCUCUGCGCCUGCGCAACCUCUACUUCCUGUUCCUGAUUGAGCUGCGCGCGCUGUCGAAGGUGCUGCCCUUCUUCGAGAGGCCCGACUUCCUGCUGUACACCGGGGACCCCGCCCAAGACAGCAGAAACAAGGACCUCCUGCUAGAGCUCCUCCGCCUGGCCAAAUCUUUUCCUCUGCACUUUGACGAAAACUCAAUGUUUGCCGGGGAUAAGAAGGAAGCAGCGAAGCUGAAGGAGGACUUCCGCUUCCAUUUUCGGAACAUUUCCCGGAUCAUGGAUUGUGUCGGCUGCUUCAAGUGCAGGCUGUGGGGAAAACUGCAGACCCAGGGCCUGGGCACAGCUCUGAAGAUUCUGUUCUCUGAGAGGCAGAUUGAGUCCCUGCAGGAGUCUGGCUCAUCCCACUCCAGCUUCCAGCUGACUAGGCAGGAGAUUGUGGCGCUCCUCAACGCUUUUGGGAGAAUUUCAACGAGUAUAAAGGAACUCGAGCACUUCCGAGGCCUGCUGUCGAAGGUACAGUGAGGGAUCAUCCGCUAUGGACACGGAAAACUGAAGAAUUCCAGGCCUUCCAAACACUCCUUUCCUCUUUAUUUUUCCUCAAGAAAACAGGAGGCCGAGGAGGUCUCGUAUCUUUCUGUUUUGCAUGAUUGUCGGGGUGAGGAGGUGAUUCAAGAAGGCUUUUGAAGUGUGUUGUGUGUGUGUGAUGUAAAUGCAUUGCUGCAGGAUCAAUGAUUUGAACAUGAAACAUCCUACCCUUUAAUUUUGUAACUCCCAGUGUUUGAAAUGCCCCGGUCCUGCCUCUCCCAGCUAGGGAGCUGCUUGCUGUUCAUUGUGGAAUUUGAAUUAACUGGGCAGGUUUACUGGUGAUCUGUGGAAAACUCAUGUUUGACCAUCUCUGAUUUUAAACAGCAGAUACUGCAUUAAUCAACCACUAGAGGGUGCCAUACACUGUAUAAGAAAGAAAAGUAACCUAUAGAAAGAGAUUGGAUGACGUGUAUGAGAUUCUUUUGCACCUGUAUCAUUAAAACGAAGGAUCCAUGAUGAAGAUCUAAUUGUGUACAGUAAUCACGUCCCUGUGUCUUUGUAUUGAACCUGUGGUUAAUGGUGCUGCAAGGGUCUGGCAGAUCCUCCUGCACUGAAAGAGCCUUCUUGGUUUGUUUAAAAAAUAAGAGUACUUAUCUGUCUUUUUUUUGUGUAUAUGUUGUAUAAUCAAAUACAGCUUUUUGUUUGUUGUUAUCACAUGCAUCCUAUUUAAUUAAGUUUGUUUUAAUAAAUGAUGGUUGUGGUUGGCAGCUUUUCAAAUGCACUGAAUGAAAAAGGUGGUAAUUAACCAAUUAUUUCAAUAGUAAUAAUAAAAGUUCAGGCUGCUGCUUGUAAA